CUAAUGUGCAUAAACCCCUAAGCAAUAUAGAAAGAGCAAGUAGAAAAAAAGAUUAUAAGUUAAGAAAUGGCCAACUUUCCAGUGAUCAGCUUGGAGAAGCUCAAUGGUGAGGAGAGAAAAGAUAUCAAGCUGCAAAUAAAGGAUGCUUGUGAGAACUGGGGAUUCUUUGAGCUGGUGAAUCAUGGCAUACCCCAUGACGUAAUGGACACUGUGGAGAGGUUGACCAAAGAGCACUACAGGAUAUGCAUGGAACAGAGGUUCAAGGAAUUAAUGGCAAGCAAAGGCCUAGAGGCUGUCCAAACUGAAGUCAAAGAUAUGGACUGGGAGAGUACUUUUCACCUGCGCCACCUCCCUGAAUCAAACAUUUCAGAGAUCCCUGAUCUCACUGACGAGUACAGGAAGGUGAUGAAGGACUUUGCUUUGAGGAUUGAGAAGCUAUCAGAGGAUCUGUUGGACUUAUUGUGUGAGAAUCUUGGACUGGAGAAAGGGUACCUCAAGAAGGCCUUCCAUGGAUCAAGAGGACCAACUUUUGGCACCAAGGUUGCCAACUACCCUCCAUGCCCCAAGCCAAACCUGGUGAAGGGUCUCCGCGCCCACACCGACGCCGGCGGGAUCAUCCUUCUCUUCCAGGAUGACAAGGUCAGUGGCCUGCAGCUGCUCAAAGAUGGCGAGUGGGUGGAUGUUCCCCCAAUGCGCCACUCCAUUGUUGUCAACCUUGGUGACCAGCUUGAGGUGAUCACCAAUGGGAAAUACAAGAGUGUGGAGCAUCGUGUGAUAGCACAAACUGAUGGGACCAGAAUGUCUAUAGCCUCAUUCUACAACCCUGGCAGUGAUGCUGUCAUCUACCCUGCUCCAGAAUUGUUGGAGAAAGAGGCAGAGGAGAAAAACCAGCUCUACCCAAAAUUUGUUUUUGAAGAUUACAUGAAGCUCUAUGCUGGAUUGAAGUUUGAUGCCAAGGAACCAAGAUUUGAGGCCCUGAAAGCAUCACCAAAUGUGACUCUAGGUCCAAUUGCCACUGCUUAAAAAUGUUUCACCAUAUAUAUAUUAUAACUACAAUUAAUCAAUGAUGUUGUUUGCAUUGGAAGCUAGAGCCACAUGUUUCUCAUAUCAUAUGGAUAUACUAAUUAUUAUAUUUGAUGUAAUGUUUCUGAAGUGAUUCUAUUUCAUUGUACUGUAUAUCAUAUUUCAUAAUGAAAAUAAUUAGUUGAUUAAGUAAGAA